AUGCCUGGUCAUCUAUUCGUAAUCGCAACGAAAGACAGAACGAGAGAACGGAAGAAAAUCAAAGUUCUGUAUCUCUGGCAAUUCAACGUCCCGCCCGUUCAGCGCGUGAUUCUUCUUCGUGUCGCACAGAGACUGUACAGUACCCACGACGACCAACUCCACUACCUAGGUAGCGAAGCGAAACUAUUUAAGAGAAGAACGUUUGGUCCCCUGGGCUGGUUGACCAUAGAUGGCAUGGUCACCAGGGGCAUUGACGCCUCUUCUCAUUACAAGUGCUCAUAUGGCCCUGUCCAUCUGAAACACAUCUGGCGCUCCAACUUUGGUACGGAUGAAGUCUACACCAAGUACAACCCUCCUGCAAUGCACGUCUACCAACUUUUAGGGAUUGUUAUCAACCGUCCCGCCAAUCCGAACAACACUAGAGCGUCAUCUACGAUCUACGCCGUCGCCUUCGAGAACCGAGCUAGUCGGACAUCCAGCACUUUGUCGAUUGUUUCCUACACGACAAUGCAUUCUUAA